UUGGCUCAAGCGGCCAGGCUUUGGAGGCCACUCAAUGUAGCAUGUUGCCACAUAUCUGCCUCAUACACACUGGUGCCAAAGCGCGACGGCAUGGGCAGGAGUGGCGUCUUUCACCCUAGGUUCAUGGCUCUGCGGGCGCUGUUUUUCCCACUCGCAGUCUCCUUGGACACCAAAGACAUUCAUAUUCAUGCUGAGCCGGGCUCAGGCGUCGCCCAGCGAGCCCCUGGCCAGUGCGAGACCCGCGUGCACGAGCUGGCAAUGGGCAUCGCGGCCGAAGUCCGCGACCUGGCCACCAUGGCGCAAGAGAUGCAGCUCUCCACAGGAGGAGCGGCGCAGCCCUUCGCCAGGCAGCUCCUCACGAUCGCCACCCGCAUCGCAGCCAGGCUCGACCAGCACCAAGGCGCGCGUGGCGCGCUGGUGGCGCCCGAGAUCACCCUCACCGUCUCUCCCGUCUACUGGAAUGCUACUGGCGCUUCGGCGCAUGGUGAGGCGGAAGGCGACCCCGAGACGCGCCGUGGAGCAGAGGCGAAGGAAGAUGGCAUCGUGCCCCACCGUGACCCUAACUUGCCAAAGGACUGGGGAAUACGCUCCCCAGAGGGGGGCAGCGACCACUCCGCGAAGUGGGACAUUUGGGUCGACGAAGGAGUUGCCAGUCACGUAUUCGCGCUCGUUUUCAUCGCCGUCGUUGCCUCGGCACCCAUCGUCCCACACCUUCGGAAAGGCGCCGAGCGCCCGACCAAGGCACACCUCUGCGAGAGUUUCUGCUUAUUCGUGUGGCUUUUCAGCGGUCUCUACUUGUUUACCCGUGUGCUCGUGUUCCAGUCUCCACAUUUUGAAAGCAACCGGACAUUGCGAUUGGAAGAGUCCGUGUAUUUAAUUUCGCAGAUAGUAACUACGGUUGGAUAUGGAGAUAUUACGCCAGCGGAGGUCUCUGGGCAGUUAGUCGUUGGCGUUUACGUGUUCCUGGCCAUCAUUGUGAUCAGUAAGAUCGUUGGUGAUCUUGUGAGCAUGUUCGAGAACGCGAUUGAGGACACUCUUCUGGAUGAUGUGGACGAGGCGACGCUGCAGACCCAUCAGGAGAAGCUUUGGGCCGCAUUCGUUCCUGUCAUGCAGAGCGGCGGGGUAUUCUUGUUGUUCAUGCUCUUGGGAGCGGUCUUCUUCUGCAUGUAUCCUGGCGAGGACAAGACGCUGGGGCAGGCGAUCUACAUGUCGAUGAUCACUCUCUCCAGUGUUGGUUUCGGAGCAUUCACACCCGUGACUCGUGGAGGCAUGGUGUUUGGGGCGUACUGGAUGCUGUUCGGCGUGGGCUCGCUCGGAGCGCUGGUCUCUGCGCGGGUGGCGUUCACCUCUGCGCUGAUCCGCUACGAGAGGGACAAUGACGUCGAGGACGCCGAGGGCAAGUCAGGCAUGCCGUUCAGCCGAAAGGACGCCGUUGCGUGAAAUCACGGAGGUCGAAGAACAAAUAACUGCAUACACAUAAUCAAAUCAGAGAAAAUCUCCAAUCAGAGGAGGGAAGACGCAAACAAAACGAGAACGAGAAGCACCGUUUAGGUUCAGCCCUGCCGCGCGCCAGGGGAGCGGGGGGCCCCCGCGCCGCUCCCAGACCAGCCGCGCGGGCCGUCGAGAGUUGGUGUGUGUGUGUGUGCCGUUGCUUCUGCCUCUUUUAGAGCGAGGUCGGGAGGAGCUCUCGCCGGCGAUCCCAAGGGUCUAGGAGCGGAUAGGUCAGCUUCGGAGCGCUGUCACCACAUACGGCUCGCUAUCUUCGUCUGAGUUGGGGUUCGACGCUCAUGUAA